UUCAUACAAUCUUUGCAAUUUUACGUUUCCUAAUUUGUAAGUUAAGCUUUGAUUUUUGGUGGUGUAAAUUCUAGGUUAUUCUUUGGCUUCCUUUAUUGAACAACAAGGAACCUCAAAUCUUCGUGUCCCAACGUUAUUUCAUUAUAUAAUUUUUCUUAUUAUCUAAGUAUUAUUUCUUCCUCGCUGCAAAGUGUAACUUGGUUGAAACCCUUAUUCAAGGCUCAUACCGGUGUUCUGUUUCUGUUGCUGUCAAUGAUUAAAGUGCAGCUAUUGCAGGAGUAACAGCUACAGCAGCACGAUAUCAGUACAGUUGAAACUAAGGUGCUUAGAAGUUGUUUUAAGAAAUAUAAAAGAUGGGUAUUUACAAGAAUCCGAGUACUAAUGCUAAAAGCGGAGAUUACCUUGAAGGGAUGUUAAGUGAUUAUGUAGGAGGAAAGGGGAAGGUGAAACAUCAUAAGAGUGGGUCAACUCGGUUAGUAACAACACUGACUUGCCUACAAUUCGCGUUUGCAAUUUAUGCAACGUUUCUUUUGUAUUACAUGAGUCCAUCAGUUGAUCUACGGACAAAACCAGACUUCUCAUGGGCAACUCAAUUUGCAAAGCAAUGGAAAGACUAUAUCAUCCAACCCAACAUUGUGAGCCACUAUCAAGAAGUAUCUAAUUUUGUAGCUACUGAAAUGCAACCAGCUGAAGUCUGUGAGCAGGAAAAGAUUGAUUUUAUGCAGAAGAAAUCCAACGAUGUUCAAAUGAUCAAGUUAAAGAGAGAGCUUUAUGAUGAGUUGUUGGAUUUUCAAAGCAAGAAUGUUGGCAUUGAGACUCUUGAGCAACUAAUGGCAAUGCCGUCAAAGUGGGAUUUGAAAAACAGACCAAAAGUUACAGUUAUUCUAAACCAUUUCAAAAGGAAAACUCUUUGUGCGCAGCUGGAUUCUUUGCUGCAGCAAACUCUACCCUUCCACCAUGUUUGGGUUCUCGCAUUUGGGAGCCCAAAUGAGCUGUUAUUAAGAAGAAUUGUCCAAAGCUACAAUGAUAGCAGGAUUAGUUUUGUGAGUUCAAACUAUGAUUUCAAAUACUAUGGAAGGUUUCAAAUGGCUUUGCAAACAGAAGCCGACCUUGUAUAUAUCGUUGAUGAUGACAUGAUACCAGGGAAGAAAAUGCUUCAGAUUCUGUCUCAUGUUGCAGGCACAGAAAAGUACAAGAAUUCAGUUCUAGGUAGCAUAGGGAGGAUUCUACCUUUCAGACAGAAGGAUUUCACCUUCCCCAGCUAUAGAAAGUUUCGAUCCAAGGAGGCUGGCCUUUAUCUCCCUGAUCCAGCUUAUGAUAUCCUUGUUGAAAAGGUGGUGCAGGUUGAUUUCCUCUCAAGCUCAUGGUUUUUGUCUGCCGAGCUUGUCAAGACUCUUUUCAUUGAGAAUCCUAUGACCUUUAUGACGGGUGAAGAUCUGCAUCUAAGUUAUCAGCUUCAGAAGUAUAGGAAUGCUGGCUCGUUUGUGCUUCCAGUGGAUCCGAAAGACAAGGAAACAUGGGGAGAUAGUGAACAUCGGCUUGCUUAUGUAUCAGAAACUACUGUUAUUUUCAAAGAUAUUGUUCAAGUAAGAGAUGAUCAGUGGUGGAGAGCCCUUUCAAGUGGUUAUGUAACACAAUGGGCAGCAAUGUACCCUCAAAAGAUUGACGCGUUGUUUUAUGCACACUCCAUUGAAGAAGUGAAGGCACUUUCUCCUCUUCUUGAGAAAUUUAGAUCUACUGUUGGUAAGAAGGCCUACAUUGUUGUCUCUGGGGGAAAGCACUGUCCUUGUGAAGAUGCUGCUGCAGCUUUGAACUGGCCAAAAUCAGUUUGUAAAGAGAGAAGAUUUAAAAUAUUUGACCUGGGAGUUGGUGCACUUUCAGGGGUAUCAAACUCUGAAGUACCUGUAGUACAAAGUGUUUACGCUAGCAUGAAAGGACUCAUUCAAAUUCACAACCCCAGUGUGGUAAUUGUUGUUAAUGAUAUUGAUUCUGAUGUGAAAAAGGCUUUGAAAAUGGCGUCUGAGACCGGUAAAAACGGUUCUAUGCUUGUUGUUCUACCUAGAGUAUCUGUGCCCAAGGUCCUUUGGAUGGCUGAUUUAAGAUCUACUGCUUUGCCAAAUUGGAACAAGAUGAGAAUUUCCAUCAACAUUAUCACCCAAAACCGUGUGCGUUCUCUGACGAGGCUUCUCAAGUCUCUGAGUAAUGCAUACUAUUUGGGUGAUGAUAUUCCAAUCUCAUUCAAUGUGGACAGCAGAGUAGAUGAGGCAACAAUAAAGCACUUGAGCACAUUUGAGUGGCCACAUGGGACAAAGACUAUAAGAAGGAGAAUCAUUCAAGGAGGACUUAUUCGUGCAGUGAGUGAGAGUUGGUACCCUGCUUCAGAUGAUGACUUUGGUCUAUUACUCGAAGAUGAUAUCGAAGUCUCUCCUUACUACUAUCUAUGGAUCAAAUAUGCACUCUUAGCCUACCAUUAUGACCCUCAAGUAUCAUUUCCUGAGCUAUCCUCCAUUUCUCUUUACACACCUCGAAUAGUUGAAGUUGUGAAAGAGAGACCCAAAUGGAAUGCAACAGACUUCUUUAAACGCAUUCAUCCAAACACCCCUUAUCUCCACCAGCUACCCUGCAGUUGGGGCGCUGUUUUCUUCCCAAAGCACUGGAGAGAGUUCUAUGUUUACAUGAACAUGAGGUUUACUGAGGAUCCCAAGAAAAACCCGGUACAGAUUCCUAAGUCUAGAACUAAUGGAUGGCAAGCUUCAUGGAAGAAGUUCCUGAUUGACAUGAUGUAUUUACGAGGGUAUGUGAGUCUGUAUCCUAACUUUCCAAAUCAAGCUAGCUUUUCAACAAAUCAUAUGGAACCUGGAGCUCACAUAAGUGCUAAGGACAAUGUUGUGAAGCAUGACAAGACAGAUUUUGAGGUACCCUUAUUGGCAAAUGACUUCAGAAACUAUUUGCCUAAUGGUAAGUUGCCUUCAGCUUCUAGAUUGCCAUCGCUUAACCUCUUCAACCAGGCUGUUUCUCUCAAGGGCUUGAAGUCGGCUGGCGCCAGGUUGAGAAUGGAUGUCAUCAACUGUACUGCACAAGAAAUUGUAACAGUUCAUCAUGUUACAGGCCUACCUAACCAGUGUGCCAAGUUCUGAGACCUCUAAUUUAUUCGAUGCUCUAAAUUUAUAUUCUUUCUUUUUUAUUACUUUUAUAGCAUCAACACUUGAUUUUGACUCUUAGUUGUAAGUCCAUGUAAACACUAUUGUAAGAAUAUUCACAAACGCGAUUUUAAAAUUUGUUUCAUUGCAUUUGUACAUUUGUAAUCAAACCCAAACUGGCUUCCUGUGCUACAUUAAACCAAAGAGAAUCUAUUGAAUUUUGUUA